AUGGCUAGCAAUAACGAAGACUCCUCUUCAUUAGACGCUGCGAUACUCACCAAAAACGAAGUUUCCAUCGUCGUGCCUCCAUCCAGGAACACCGUCCCUCGCGACAGUGCAACAUCAUCUCCCUCCCCAAGAAAUCUCCAAGAUGAUGCACUCCAGCAUAUCGAGAAUACAGGCGGGAAGGACAACCACGAAGAAAUCCUGGGCAACCCUUUCCUCUCCAAAGGUCAGGCUCCCCAAGACCAGACCAUGAACGCUGUCCUGGCCGCUCUUGCCCAGACCAACACGCUCAUACAACCGCAAAACGACAGGAUCGGGGCGCUCGAGCAAAAGCGCCGAUCGAAGACUCCCCCCGGUCGCAAGCAUCGCUCUCAACGCGACGUGGUUCCCGAGAAACGCCCUCGGUCUCCCUCCCCCAGGGAGAACGCAGGUCCAUCCUCCAAGAAAGGGUCAAGCGACCACCGCUCCCGACACCGAUCACAAUCUCCUCGACCAAAAAGAAGAUCCCGGUCACCUCCGACAAAGCACGACGAUAACCGGAGGCGACACAGGCGGAGUCGGAGCCGAUCUUCCACUCCUUCCGCCAGCGACGACGAAGAGGAGCGCAGGGGCCCUCUGUCCCACUCAAUCUUGGAAGCACCCCUACCGGCCGGUCUUGAAAAACCCCUGCCGCUGGGUACGUACGACAGGGCCAUUGACCCGGAUGAACACAUAGAGAACAUCGACGCCCUCCUCGACUACAAAGGGGUUCCCGGUGCCAUCAAAUGUCGUCUAUUACCAACCACCCCGCGCAAAGGAGCCAUGACCUGGUAUAAGAGUUUGCCUAAUGAGUCAAUCACCUUAUGGAAGGUGCUCGAAAAACUUUUUUCCAGACACUUCACGGCCUCCCGUAGACACCCCAGAUCAGAAGCCUCCUUGGAAGCCAUCAUCCAAGGAAAAGACGAGUCCCUACGAGCUUACAUCGAAAGAUUCAACAAGGAAGUCGUGCAAGUAUCCACGACUGUCCAUAUGAAGAAAUUCUUGCUCGAGCGAGGCCUCCGACCACGCUCAGACUUCGCCAAAGCCGUCGGGAUCGAAACACCGGCCACUUUGAAUGAGUUCUUCCUCAAAGCCCAGGCAUACAUACAAUAUGAGGAAAAGGAGGCCGCUUAUGCGGUACACAAUUCCAGACAGGAAGAAAGCAAUAAAAACAGUCGCCAAGACGAUUCCCGAUGGGGAACAGACAAAAAGAAAGACGAUAAGGGCCAGGAUCCCAUGGACUACAAGGCCCUAGCCGGGAAGUUCCGAGAAUACACCCCGCUCAAUACUUCAAGGGAACACAUCCUAAACGAAUGCGCGAACGCCGAAUUCCAGACGGGCAAGGUCCGCUUCCCUAAAACCAUGCCUGCACGACCAAACAUGGACAAAUCGAAGUUCUGCCGAUUCCACAAAGGCCACGGGCACAACACCGAGGACUGCAUCCACCUAAAGGAUGCCAUAGAGAUAUUAAUCAGGGAGGGACACCUGAAGCAAUACGCGAAGAAGCAAGAGGCCGCCAAAGAGGCCAAACCAAUCAUUGAGGAAAAGCCGGUGGAUGAUACGCCCGCCAUGCAAGUAGCCAUGAGCAUCACCAGGCCGGAAGACUUUUACCUCCACGAUUGGGCCAAAUCAACGACCGCCCCCUCUCCUCACAGUCCAUGGGAAAUGUUCCCCUCCGCCAUGGUCAUAUCCGGUGGGGGAUUCAGCAAACUCACUGUCGGAUCCGUAAAAUGA